CGUAUGCUAUUGCCGAAUCGGCACUGCCGGAUGUUAAACUGUUAUGGCGGAGUGUGUCGAAACGUUGACAGACGAUCAUAUGCACAUGUAGAUAAAUGUUUAAGUUUAUAUAGCCGACUAGUGAAGAUAAAUUGUGAAGAUAGAUCGUAUAUUUACGCACUUACGAUUAUUUAAGCAGAACAUUUAACAGAAGAAGCAGAAAAGCUGUGUUGCUCCGAAACGAUCCGCCAAGUGUACUCCAAAAAUCAUGUCAAUAAUUUUACAGUUUAACUGUUUGACGCACAAUGAAACUGCGAGAAAAGCAAUGGAGAGCUACGCUGGAAUUUUGCAAAAAGCAUUUGAACAUUAUCAAAAUUUAUGGGAAGAUUAUACAAAAUUGCAGGAAAAAUGUGGACAAUAUAAUAAAAAAACAAAAACUGAAGCAACAUCUGAACAAUUGAAUAACGUGCAAGAAAGUAGUAAUAUCUCAUUAUUGGAGUUAGAUACAUUAAAUACAAGUUCUAUUCAUUUUAAUUUCGAUACGGCGACGGGAACUAGUCCGUUAGAUGCAAAUGAAUUUUCGCACCAAGAUAAUCGGCCAGAAAGUCCAGUAUUCUCUAAAACAUUUCUAAGGACUGGUGGCAAUCCUGCAAAGAAAUUCGUGCAGCGUUCAUCUGAAACAAUAUACAAUAACUCAACCUCAGAAUCCUCAGAUAUAAAGAUGCAUAAUAGCAUCGGAAAAGUUUCUUCAAAGAAUAACCACAAAUUAGAAAUUAGUACAACACACCAUGUAGAAACCACAAUUUUGCCAGAUGGAAAAAGAUUGAAGCAAUCUCGACUUGCAUUUUUUCCAAGAGUCAAGACGAAUGCUGUUGCAAAUACAACUAUUACUGAAGAAAGUUGUCUUUCUACAAACAACAUUAAUGAAAUUUCUGAAGAUGUGAUAGAAAUCAGUCCUACACAGAGAAAUGUUACGUCUAAAGUCAAACGAUGUUUAAAAUUCAAGAGGAAAAUUCCUAAAAAAUAUACGAUACAAAUUUCUCCAAGUAAAAAUAAAUGUUCUGAUAAUAUUCCUGAUCCUAGUGCUGUUCCAGGAGUAGUAGAUAUAGAUUUUGGAUUAUGUCCUUCGCCUCAACAUACUUCUGUACAAAUGAAAGAUGCAGAUAAAUUCUUGACGAAUACUGCAGUUAGUACAUUAAAAAAUAAAGUUAACAUAGAUUAUCUUUCACCAGUAAAAAUGCAUAACGAGACCAAUAUUCAAAUUAACACAUCUAUUGAAACUCGAAAAAAAGAUCAGUUAUUAAUAAAAAAUGAAGUACAAAAUCUGGAAAAUACAAAUAACUUUUCCUGCGAAGAUGAAACCUUUUAUUUACCUUCAGCUGAAAAUGAAAAUGACAUAGACAAUUUAUAUUUGGAUGAUACGGAAAACAAGCCACCUGAAAAAAAGAUAUUAUUGGAUAAGUUUAAUGUAUUAGGAAAAAGAAAGGCAGAUGUUUUAGAGCAGUUUAACAUGCAAUGUAAAACUGAUAGAGCAAAGUUAAAUGGCUUGGAUUGUUGGGAAUGCAGAAAAUAUUAUCAGAAUUUGUCACUGUCAAAGGAAGAAUUACAAAAACGGAUGAAUCAAUGUUCACGGCAUCGAUACAAGUAUGAGAGGCCAAAUACUCCAGAAGGGUCAUGGGCGUCAUGGGUAGUGCUUAGUGGCUCGAGCGCAGCCACGGAGAGCAGUGGACGGAACGCGAGGAACGACCGAGGGGAAGAGGAAGCGAGAGGACGGUCUAGAGGAAGAAGGAGGAGACGAGAGGGCUCGCGAGGAGGAGAAGAAGACCUUAGAAGCGGGUUAUUACCGCCUUGUUAG